AUGGAAGACGAAGAUCCACCUCAACUACUCGACGUUCCCUCUUCUGACGACGAAGAGGCGGGCUCUUCUCGAGAUCUCUAUGAUAGACCAAAGAUACCCCUAACCCUCUUGACUGGGUACUUGGGUGCAGGCAAAUCAACAUUACUGGACUAUAUACUGAAAGAAGAACAUGGAUAUAAAAUAGCCGUGUGUAUGAAUGAUUUUGGAGAUACGACCGAUAUAGAAGCCAAAUCAUUGACACUUUCCGACCCAAACUCACAAUCAACUACAACCGAGUUCCUCUCCCUUCCUAAUGGAUGCCUGUGCUGCUCCUUCAAGGACAUGGGCAUAGCAGCCAUCGAAGAGAUGGUGGCGAAUGCUCCAGGUGGUAUAGAUUGGGUGAUGGUGGAGUUGACAGGUGUCGCGGAUCCAGGCCCGAUUGUCCGUUCGUUCUGGGCCAACGAGGAGAUGGGUGAUUUGAUCUUGGACGGUGUAGUCUGUGUAGUAGACAGUAGGAACGUCCUGAAGCAACUUGCUGAGCAAAGAGAGGGAGAUGAGAUCAAUGAAUGUCAGAAACAAGUAGCAUGUGCCGAUGUGAUCUUACUGAACAAGCUCGAUCUGGUAACUCCGGAACAGAUGAAAGAGGUUGAAUCGACUAUACGUACGAUAAACCCUACACUUCGAGUCCAUCAUACCACCCAAUCCAAAGCACCUUUAUCAGAUUUAUUCAACUUACGUGCAUUUUCCGAUCCUACCGCCCUCGCUUCCACCAAAUCAACAACCAAUCAUGUUCAAAAUCAUGAUCAUGAUCACUCCUCAGAUGACUGUUCACAUCCCUCCCACGCACAAACACAUACUAAUGGAAUAUCAACCAUUUUAAUUCCAUUACCUACACUAAAUCAAAAACAGUAUUUCAGACUUAACGAAUUUCUAGAAUCGAUUUUAUGGGAUAACAGAUACCCCAUCAGCAAAAAACCUUCACCAGAGAUAUUACGUUCGAAGGGCUAUAUCAGAUUGGAUGACGGGAGGGAAUAUGUAUUACAGGGUGUAGCUGAUUUGUUCGAGUUGAAGGAAUUACCUGGAUCGGAGCAGAAAGAAGGACAGGGUAAGGUGGUGUUUAUAGGUAAGAAUGUGGGUGAAGAGGUGAAAGUAGCACUGAAAGAAUUUGUAGGCAUAUAA